GCGAGAUUGCCCUUAUUGUCAACCUUCCUUUUCUCAGCAGCCCCGUGCAUCUCCGUUCCCGCCCUUGUCCCCACCUCCCUCUAAUCCGAACUCUUCCAUGCUCUCCAUUUCGCAGGCACCGCUGCUCGCACUACCCCCACCCCCCUCUGCUCAAUCCGCUAACCCAAACCCCAAUUCUAACUUCUCCGCAGGCCAAGUUAUGGUUCCCAAGCAAUCUUGGUGGAAGCUAAACCAAGAGAAGUUGGACAGAGUAUUCGAGUUCAUGGCUUCAGAACUUGAAGCCAGACAAGAGGCAAUUCGUGAGAAGGAAAGGCUACUGAAGGAAGAGGAGGAGAAACGUAAGGCAAAGGAGGCUAAGGAAAAAGCACUUCGCAAACGCAAGGAGAGACAAGACUUCGAAGAACGGAUCGGAUCGAUCGUCGGCUCCAAGAUCAAUGAUGCUUGUGAGCUGUUUUUGGGGAAAUCCUAUGCGCAGAGACAUGUCUCAGCACCAGAUGCUUCUCGUAGAUCUCACAUAGAAGUCGAGCGUGAACGACUCGAGAGGCAGGUGGACACACUGCGCCGUGAGUAUGAGACCAUUAAGAAAAAUAUGGACGAGCUCUCUCGAACUGUCAAGAUGUCUGGGAAUACCUUGAAGAGGUCGGGUACGGGAGUUUGCAUUACCAGCCCACCUGAGGCUCCUUCCUCAGGCAAGGCGAAAGUUGUCGGCGUCGGGACUCCUACCUCCGAUGACUUCCAGAAGCUAUUAAAAGCAUUCCAUACUGUCAAGGAAGGGAAGCGAAUCACUGAUAUGGACGUGCAAGCACUUAGAGAAAGAUUUGAACGUGUGGUUUCGAAGCUGGGGAGGCAAGGACGCACUCCUCGCUCCAAUCUCUCAAGAAGAAUGAAUGAGGCUCUGGAUGAUGAUGACCAGGACGCUCAGGAGAUGCAUGAAGAUGGUGUGGAUGAUCUUACCUUGCGACCACCUCCACCGAAAAGAGUCUCUGAAAGACUCGCUUCCAAGAACGCUGCAACGGAGCGAGCUGAGUUCCUGAAGGAGACGAAGAAGUAUCUCAAACGUCUGAAGAAGCACGGGCUGCAGAUUCUUUGCGGCAAGGAAGGGAUAACGUUUGUUACCUGCGAACAAGCCAUCAACGAGAUAGAUGAACUACGAGCAUCCCUAGCCUUCGAUCUUCGUCCACAACCAAGGCCGGCUCGCCAAGCCCAAGAUUCUGAAGUUGAAGAACCCAAAGAAGAUGACCAAGAUAGGCUUGAUGAGCAAGCCACGCAGCAUGUCGACAUCGACGAAGACGAACCUAUCGUGCGAGAAUAGGGAUUUUGCCUGAGCGAUGGGUCGUUGUGGAACCUCCUCAAUGCAUGUCUCUCCCUUCGCACGUCCAAGAUAG